CGCUAGGCGUCCGGAUUCGAAGUUCGAAUUUCGAACCAAUAUCCAAGCCGUUCGUGUUCCUUUCCUGUCUCAUAUCAUAGUCGUGAUUCUGACUCCGUAUCCGUAGUUCGUUCGUGUAUCGUGAACUCGUGAGCUUGCUCGUGAGUCGCGACUCGCGCGAGUCGAUCUACAGAGGCAAUUUGUAGUGAACGUGUUCUCUGCGUCGGUGAACACUUGCGUCUUUCAACAAUAAACAUCAAACAAAUUGAAAUGUUCUACAAUAGGCAAUGAUGUAACGUUUUCAUAAAAUUUACGGGAUUAAUAUUUAUGUACAAACGGAUUACUAUCUAAUGGAUAGAUAUGAUGUGCUAGUGAAAGUGGGAUUUAUGUUUCAAUUAGAGAUGAGGACCUACAAGGGCCCUUAGCAGAACUACAUGAUUUUAAGCAUUAAGGUAAUGCGAGGAGAGAUAGCAAAGUUGUGUUUGGUGAUCGCUACCCUGGCGCUCGGGCCCGCAGCGGGCGAUGGCGCGUGUGAGCGGGGUCGGACUUGGUGGCACCGGCAGCGAGGCGCCUGCGUGCCGUGCACGCGCUGUGUCCCGCGCCGCUUCGUCGUCGUCAAGUUCCCCUGCGAGGUGCACCGUGACACCAUCUGCCAGCCUCUUCGCGAGGUGCGCAUAUGGCCAUUCAACACGGCCGACAACAAUGACACAAGUGAAACUGCCAGUGAUUACGAGUACUACGAGUACUCGGACUAUAGCGGUGAAGUGAAAGAGGAACUCGAAUGGGACGUACAAACCUCGACGCUGACUGUCGCUGUGAGUGGCUGUGUAGUGUUCUUUGUGGUAGUGCUUACGCUGACGCUGUACCACGCGAAGCAAUGGAGGACGUUGAAAUUAGCGCUAAAGUCAGAUGUACAAGAUUUAUCAGCUAAGCUGAAACUGAUGGAAGCGGGUGCGGAAACACCGGCAGAGCCGGUAUCCACCGAUCAUCACAUCUACUGCAAUAUACAUGUCGGCAAAGAUACUUUGUUAGGUAAGGUCCCACCGGGAAAGGCUUAGGCAACGUGUACACAACUCACGACAAGUGAUCACCGUCCACCGCAACCCAGCGAUGAAAGUACAAAUUCUGAGGAACCUCGCACAUCACCUAGAAAGGGAUAUGAGUUAAUAUUUUUGCAAUUAAAAUGUACGAACAAAA